GGCCGGGCCCGGGCCGAGAGCCUUAGAUCGGGACAGCCGCGGCCGGAGGCGAGCCGUCCGGGCGGGGGAGCGCAGUCCAGCAGCGAUGGCGGUGGAAGGAGGAGCGAAAUGUGUCAAGUACCUGCUCUACAUCUUCGUGCUGGCCUUCUGGGUGUGUGCAGUGGCACUCAUUGCCGUGGGCGUCAUGGCCCAGCUAUCCGUGAACCGGGCGGUGGCCCUGGGGGAGACCACGGGGUCGGUGGCUCCCUUAGUGAUCAUCGCCGUGGGGGCCGGCCUCUUCCUCAUCGCCUUCGUGGGCUGCUGUGGCACCUGCCGGGAAAGCUACUGCCUCAUGGCCACGUUUGCCGCCUUCCUAACCCUAAUCGUCCUGGUGGAAGUGGCUGCCGCCAUCGCAGGAUAUGUGUUUAGGGACAAGCUGAAGUCCGAGUUCGAGAAGCGCUUCCGGGCUCAGAUGGCGGAUUACCAGAAGUCAAAUGCCACCCGGGAACUGGUGGACGACAUGCAGAGAGAGUUCAACUGCUGUGGGGCCCACAACUACACGGACUGGACGUCCAUGCCCGACUUCCACUCAAACGUCCCCGACUCCUGCUGCCGCAAUGUCACCCAGGGCUGCGGCACUGGCUUCAAGUUGAAGAACAUCUACACAAAGGGCUGCGUGGAGACAUUUGGGGGCUGGUUGAGACACAACGUGUUGCUGUUCGCCGGGGUGGGGCUGGGUAUUGCCUUCGUGGAGGUGCUGGGCAUCGCCUUCUCCUGCUGCCUCAUGAAGAGCAUCCGCAGUGGCUACGAGGUGAUGUAGGCCCAGGUUGUUCCCCCUCACCGGCUCUGGCCCCAGCUCUUCUGGCCUCGCAGGUUUCAGUAAAGACAGAAUAUUUUUUGAGACGGAA